AUGGCCUUACCAGUCUUCUUCAAGGGUCCCGUCAACAGAUACAGGAAGAAGGACGACCUGAUAUCUAUAGCGGCAGCACUCAAAAUCAGUCAGAAGGGCACCGUGAUACAGCUCGUCGCACGAAUCACAACAUACCUAUCGGACCACUCCGAAGCGCUGUCGACGAAGCCGCAGUUCCAAGGGCUAUAUUCGUACAGGCCAGAUAACAUGCCGACCGGUCGUCCUGCCAAGGAAGGGGCGCCGAAGACAAGCGUAGACAAGGGGCUCGAGGACGCGCAUGCCUCCGAGUCAAAGAACGCUGAUGGCGCUGCAGGAGCGUUCAAGGCCCUCAAUGAGGGCAAAGUUGCACAUGAUCCGCCCCCUAAACACACACACCUGAGGUCGACGAGGGCCACUGUGCGAAGUCUGGAUGCGGGAAACAAGGCAAAGCUAGGCAGUGGCAACGGCGAGCCGUUACCGGGGCCUGAUACUGCUCGAAGCUCAUCGAGUAGUCCCUCUUUGACACCGGUGUCGUCGCCCGCUGCUGGCUUUGAAGACGAAGGCAAGGACGAGGGGCGCACGGACACCCUGGCUGAUGUCGGAGCAGCCUAUGUCGAGGACGUGAGGAUGAAUACCGACAAUGGGAGAACCCCGGUCACAUUGUCGGGCACCUACCGUGCUGGUGAGGCUUUGGGAGCGCACGGCCCGGUGACAACGACGGCGCAUGCAGGUGAUAAUAGCGUUACAAUCAUCGUCGCCUUGCAGCAUCAGAGUGGUCCUAUGAAAGGUGUAACGGAUGAGAUCCACGUCCAAGCCAGCAACAAGCUGCGGACGGAGCGGCGUCUGGUGGACGGAGAAGAGAAGCACACCAUUCAGCUUUCACAGCUCCUCCCUGCUGCCCUAGAAAAUGCGAGCACGCCUACAAAGAAGCGAGGAGGCCGUCUCUUCCGUCCAGGAAGAACGACUGAAAGUGGACGCGUCGCGGUGGGCACCAUUCAAGCCGUCAUGAAUGGCACGCGGAUUCCACAGCUCGAGAGCCGCCUAGUGAACACGUACACCCUUGAUCCUGUUACGGAUGAGGAUGACGUGUUUGUCUGUCGGCUGUUCUUGCAAGACGAGAUCAGUGAGAGCCUUCACGCCCACCAGCCUGCCUUCCAAGGGUCCUCGUUGACCUCACACGCCAAGCCUAAUGAUAUCCUUUGCGAGCCCAUCGCCGAAGUGAAAUCUGUGCAGCGAGUCAACGCACGGCCGGAGAACGUCGGCGCAACGAUGGAGGCCAGCUCAGAGGGCGAUGCGGAGGAUUUCGAGGAAUUCUUGCGCGAGUUGGUUGGCGGCCCAAAGACACAGUGGAAGAAAGCUAAAACAAUCGGAGAUAUCUUGCAGCGUUGCAAAGCAGUGGAAAGGGCGAUGGACGUAGUGGGCAAGCUGGGAUGGGAGAAGUCGAAGGGCGGCUAUCUGAUCGCUGCAGAUUACUCCGAUGCGAGAGGUUUUGCUGGUCGCGCAUUCGUUAAGGAAGACAUUUUGAAGGCGCUGCGGCUUGGCCACUCGCAGGCGAACAGCGACGCCAAUCUGUUCAAGGAGACGCUCCUCAAGAAACUCCCGGACUUGCAGGAAUGGUACGACAACCCCGACGGUCCUCAGGCCAAGCAAUUCCGAAACAUGUCCCUCAAAGGUUACCGUGAGUAUACUGAACGGGAGCUUCGGCGGCUGAAGAAGGCCAAGCGCAUUGCGAAGUCUCGCAAAGCCCCCCAUGAAGGCGAGUCCGACGGUCGUCCUGCAAAAAAAGCGAAGAAGGGGAAGGAGCCUGCCAGGGUCAAGGUCGUAGAUUCUGAUGACAUAGAUGACUCGGAUUCCUCGGAGUUGAGUGACUGA